AUGAAUAAAGAAUUAAUAGAAAGUAUAAGUUCGGGAGUUCAGCUUGCCAUGGAUCAAUGCAAGAAGGAUUUUAAGUGGGAGAAAUGGAAUUGCCCUGAUUCGUUCUUUUCAAGACAUUCGCUUUCAUCCACAACCAAAGAAACAGCCUAUACAAAAGCCAUACUGGCAGCAGGUAUAGUGCAUUCGAUAACGAAAAAAUGCUCGAGCAAACUUCUACCAGGGUGCGGGUGUGAUUCCCAAAAAAUGGGCCCUGUAUUCGACAAUUUAGAGAAUGCGAAAUUGACGGAAAGCGACUGGAUAUGGGGAGGGUGUUCCGAUGACGUCACUUACGCCGUUAAAGUGGCAAAACUGUUUUUAAACGCACUGGAAAAAGGAAUGGCUUCUAUAGGGAAACACAAUUUUUUUAUUGGAAAAAAAAUUGUUCAAAAUGCUCUACAGAAAAAAUGCAUAUGCACUGGCAUAUUGUGUCCAAUUCAAACGUGUUGGAUGGAGUUGCCAAAGUUUGAAGACAUUUCUAAAAAAAUCAAAUUGAAAUACAAAAAAGCUGCAAAAGCUGGUUGGUCAAAAGAUUCCGAUCAUUUUGAGAAUUCGUCAAGAAAAAAGAUUUUCGGAAAUCCCGUUUUGGAAAAUGAAGAAUCCUUGAUUUAUAUAGAGAGUAGUCCUGAUUAUUGCGUACCAAACAUUAUAAAAGACUGGCCAGGCACAAAAGGCCGCAUCUGCUCCCGCCACCGCACAAAACAAACCGACUUUUCCGAACGAAAAAGUUGCAAAACCCUGUGCAAAUCAUGCGGAUACGCAGUAAAAAAAAUCAUCAAAACUGAAUUGAAAAGAUGCAACUGCACAUUUAAAUGGUGCUGUGAGGUGAAAUGCGAAACCUGUAUAGAGAAAAUCGAAGAAUUUAUAUGUGUUUAA